CACCUUUACAUUGUUUGCGAUCCGCCAAUAAAAAGAGAAGAGAAGAAGAUGAAGGACUGAACAAAAUUACGUGACACGCGACACGUGACGCGACACACUUAGCUAAUCAGUGAUGAACAGCAAAAUGGAGGAGCGUGAAGCUAGAGAACCUGAGCAGCUCAGAAAGCUGUUUAUUGGAGGACUGAGCUUUGAAACAACCGAGGAGAGUUUACGGGCUCAUUUUGAACAAUGGGGAGCUCUUACCGAUUGUGUGGUGAUGAGGGACCCUAACACCAAGCGUUCUAGAGGGUUUGGCUUUGUGACGUAUGCGGCUGUAGAAGAAGUCGACGUUGCCAUGGCUGAAAGGCCUCAUAAAGUGGAUGGUCGUGUUGUUGAACCCAAGAGGGCCGUGUCCAGAGAGGACUCCAAUAAACCCGGCGCCCAUCUGACCGUCAAGAAGAUCUUUGUCGGUGGGAUCAAAGAGGAUACCGAGGAGUACCACAUCAGAGAGCAUUUUGAAAAAUAUGGAAAGAUUGAAUGCAUUGACAUCAUAGAAGAGCGCUCCACUGGGAAGAAGAGAGGAUUCUGCUUCGUCUCCUUUGAAGACCAUGACACAGUGGACAAAAUAGUUGCCCAGAAAUUCCACACGAUCAAUUUCCACAAUUGUGAGGUCAGAAAGGCCCUCUCAAAACAGGAAAUGAGUACUAUGUCCACCAGCAGGGACAGGAGUGGAGGUUCUGGAAACUUCAUGGGAAGAGGUAAUUUUGGUGGUGGUGGCAACUUCAGUCGAGGAGGCUAUGGUGGAGGACGAGGCGGUUAUGCCGAUGAUUUUGACAAUGGUCCAGGAAGUAAUUAUAGUGGAGGACCAGGUUAUGGAGGUGGCAGAGGGGGCUAUGGAGGUGGUGGUGGUGGUGGUGGUGGUGGUGGUGGUCAAGGGUAUAGCAACCAGGGAGGUGGAAACUGUGAUGGAGGAUACAGAGGCAAUGACGGAGGAUAUGGAGGAGGGGGAAAUUACAAUGACUUUGGAAAUUAUGGUGGCCAGCAGUCCAGCUAUGGGGCCAUGAAGGGAAACAACUUUGGUGGCAGAAACUCAGGUGCACCAUAUGGUGGUGGCCAUGGAUCCGGUGGCGGGAGCAGCGCCGGCGGAGGAGGGGGCUAUGGCUCUCGGCGAUAUUAAUUAUAUCAUGUUUUGAUGUGGAAAAGAGGAAUUCUCUUCUUGCUGAAAAUCUGUAAAGACCUGAUAACAUGGAAGGUUCUGGAUGGGUAAGACUUUUUUCAAAAUAUUAUCAAAGGCUGCUCAUUAUGUAAUCUAACAGCGCAAAUGGUAAUCACACCAGGUGCAAAGGUUCUUUUAAGGUAAAGGGAGCAGGAGCACUUCAGGUAUUGUUCCUCUUUGACCUGAAUCAGCCUGUGACCUUCACCACAGCUGGACAUAUCUUGCAAGCAAAAUAUGUUUUAUUACCUUUGCCAUCUGUCAGUCCUGAUAAAGUUCAUGGUGCUGAAACAUCCUUAAGGGAAAACAAAUGAGCAUGCUCAGGAAAGAAACAAUAUUUACACUCCCUGGCCACUAUUAGGCACACCUAUAUUAAACAAUAUCACAAUUUAAUACAGCAGGUCUACAAUCAACUUACCUCAGUGUUAAACAUAUUGAAUGAACAGCCUUGAGGUGAUGUAAAAACUCCAUCAAAAAACAGUAGAUGGCAAAACAGUUGUAUAGAUUUGCAUUAUAUUGUAUGGAUGUACCUUUUUAUAAAAUAGUCACAGUGACCAUUGUCGAUAUCAAUGUCAAGCAAUCACUUGCAUCCUGCAGUGCUAACGCUCUUGGCAGUCUGUAAAUAAAUCUACGCAUAACAGAUUUGUAACUCUUAAGUUAACUAUAAUUACUGCAAAGGCAUGUCAUAGAAAAUUAAUGUGACAAAGACAAUGGUUUAACUUGAAGACAUGUUGAAAAGCAAAUCUAUUCAAAAAUACUCCUAGUUGUCAAAGGAAUAGUGUAGACAAAUCUUACCUUUUAGCUUAAAAACUUUUUCAGUAAAAGUACUGAAUAUUUAGCCGAGUUCAACAUAAGUUUGGAGUUUCAAGCUGAUUUUAUAAGGUUUGCUUAACAUAAAGGGGUAAUCCUGUACAUGUACCUGUUAAGCAGGUAAAACAGAAUGUUUAAACAUUCAUUCCAAUUACAAACCCUUAUACGUUAUAUUUACACAAUGCAUAGCUGUCUUGAGAGUGAUCUAUACAAAAACGUUUAUUUAAAUUAAUGUUGAUGUAAGAUCAAUGUCCAUCCAUUGAAAUGUGACCGACAUAAUUGAUGAUGCAAAUAUGAUCUUGUUCAAAAUGAAUGAUACAUGCACUCAGUGGAUUCCACGCAGGUCAUGUCUACUCGAUCAAAAAAAAUAAAGAAACCAUACCUGUUGUUUCUCAAUCAGUAAAGGCAGUGAUUCUCAAAUGGGGGUACGCGGACCCCUGGGGGUACUGCAAGGGGUAUGUGAGAUUUAAAAAAAAAAAAAAAAAAAAGGUUAAUUAAAAAAAUAAUCUUAGUAAAAUAAGUUCAAUA